UGCUUACACCAACGUUUUUCACUUUCCUAGACAAUUUGGUUUUCUCGGUCACCGUUUUUUUUUUUUGUAUUCGCAGUUUAUGCAUCUUUUUUCUAUGUUAUGUGUUUGUUUGCAUACAAGGCUGAUUCUUAAUGCUUGGUGAUUUGAGGGUCUUGCUUUCUGAAUUAAGAAAUAGAAUUUUGCAUGUUAUUGUUUGAUUGAGAAGAAUGAUGUAACAUCAUUUCUGCUGCUGAAAGCUGCAAAUUUUGGUUGAAGUUGAAGGUUUCGAUUUUGAUUUGGUUUAAAUUUUUUGCUUGAAUAAAAUGGUUUGGGCGGGGUGGAUUAGUGGAUUUUGAAUUAAGACGAAGGUUCUUUUUCUGGGUUUCGAGGAAUUUUUCUGGAUUUAUUGGUAUGGUAUGAACAACUGUAUAUCCAGCUUCCAUGAACAGGAAAUAAUAAGGUUUAAGUUUUGGUUACGUGGCUUAGUGGCUUUCCUGGUUGCAAAGUAAACAUUGGAACAGCAAUGAGGAAUUGUGACUUACAUGGUUUAUCUGUUAUUAUUGUAAGUGUUGGUAUACUAGUCGGGAGCAGAAGUUGGCCAAGGAAACUGCUUUUAGCUGAUUGAUUUGUCAUAGUAUGGACUUGAAUGAGUUUUCAAGUGUCGGUGUGACUAGUUCGGCAGGAACUCCUUGCACAUCAUCUUAUAUUCCUAUUUCAGCAAUACCCAACAGGUUGCUUGGAUCCUUGAAACACGACAUAGAACACUCUCCUAAUUCGGCCCUUUCUACCCAUUUUGAUUCUGAUACCCUUUCUUCUGCGCUAAGUGACAGCCAGGAACAGCACACCGCUGGGGAAAUUCACUCUGGUGUAAACCCUUUGCAGGAAACCAAUCAUUAUUUGUAUAGGCCAGUCUCAUCUGUGGACCAUCUCCAAGACGGUAAGCAUCUAUCUACUAGAUGCUUUUUUCCACAGGAUAUAGGUUAUGAUCAUGAAACCAGGUAUGCAUUGCUGGAAUUAGAAACUGCUUUGAUGGCACCUGAUGGUGAUGAUCAAGUCACCACAUCAAGCACUUCUUUGGGUGUUAACAGAAGGCCUACAACAUCUGCCCAGAGAAAUAGAUCCUGGAGCCAUGAGGGGCAGCCAAGUGAUGUUGCACGAGUAGGUAAGCGUCACAAAUCAACUGAGGAAGUAUCACUACAAGGAUUCCCAUCAACCAAUUUGAAAGAAUUGCUGAUUGUAUCAGCCAAAGCCUUGUCUGAAAACAACAUGAAAGAUUUUGAUCGACUGAUAGAGAAGGCUAGAAGUGUUGUGUCUAUAACUGGGGAGCCAAUCCAGCGCCUUGGUGCUUAUUUGGUGGAAGGACUUGUUGCAAGGAAGGGGGCAUCAGGGAAUAACAUCUACCGUGCACUUAGAUGCAGAGAACCUGAAGGAAAAGACUUGCUCUCUUACAUUCAGCUACUGUAUGAAAUAUGUCCCUACUUAAAAUUUGGUUACAUGGCUGCCAAUGGCGCCAUUGCUGAAGCUUGUAGAGAUGAGGACCACAUUCAUAUCAUAGACUUUCAGAUUGGUCAGGGAAUUCAAUGGAUGACACUUCUUCAAGCUCUUGCUGCAAGACCUGGUGGAGCUCCUCAUGUACGGAUCACAGGGAUUGAUGACCCCCUUUCUAAAUAUGUUCGUGGUGAUGGAUUAGAAGCCGUUGGAAAAAGGUUGGCUGAAAUAUCUCAGACAUUUAACAUCCCAGUAGAGUUCCACAGUGUGCCUGUUUUAGCUCCAUAUGUGACAAAAGACAUGCUUGACAUUAGGCCUGGUGAAGCUUUGGCUGUGAAUUUCCCUUUGCAACUCCAUCACACGGCUGAUGAGAGUGUGAAUAUGAAUAAUCCAAGGGAUGGACUUUUGAGAUUGGUAAAAUCACUUUCUCCCAAGGUAACUACGUUGAUUGAGCAAGAGUCGAACACUAAUACCACUCCUUUCUUCAACAGGUUUAUAGAAACCUUGGAUUACUACUUGGCAAUUUUUGAGUCCAUUGAUGUGUCUCUUGCAAGAAAGAGCAAGGAUCGGAUUAAUGUGGAACAACAUUGUCUGGCACGGGAUAUUGUCAAUAUUGUUGCUUGUGAAGGGAAGGAAAGGGUAGAGAGACAUGAACUAUUAGGUAAGUGGAAGUCUAGGUUCACAAUGGCUGGAUUUUCUCAAUAUCCUUUGAGUUCAUACGUUAAUUCUGUCAUAAGGAGCCUGCUUAGGUGCUAUUCAGAACAUUAUAAUCUUGUGGAGAAGGAUGGGGCCAUGUUGUUGGGAUGGAAGGACAGAAAUUUGAUUUCAGCUUCAGCAUGGCAUUGAUUACAUGCAGAGAGGGAAUAUUGUACUUGGGGUAGAAAUAUGUUGUUGACAGAUGUUUAUGUUGAUUUCCAGGGCCAUGUGUCCCUUAUCAUUGUUUUAAAGGUCAUUGUUCCAUAAAUUACCAUAUGGAGUUUCAUAUCUUAGUGAUGCUAUAACAAUUCUUUUAUGGAAUAUUUAGUUAUGUACAGGGUUUUGGGUAACAAAUUUUGUACUUGUUCCUGAAACUUAUUCUUGUCUUCAACAAAAAAUUUAAUAAUUUAACAAUAAGAUUGUUCACAGUUGGCUACAUUCUUAUGCGA